UUCCCAGAAGCCUGAGCCAUGCUGGCCAAGAGUUUAGGAUUCAGGGAGAUGAAGUCCAAAACCCUUAAAAAGCGCACUGUCUUAGCUUCUGAUUUCCCCCGCAGCAAACUUCCGGUCUCUGCCGGAAGUAGCAGCGACUCUUUUCCCCAUCGCUAGCCGCGAUGACGUCACCAGUGACGUAGCUGUGUGGCGGUUGAUUUUGAAAAUGCAACAAAAGGCGACGGCUUGAAGGGGUUUCGGAGGGAAAGGCGGCUGCUCUCGGCUGGGAAAAAAAGGCAGAUGGUCUAGCAGCUCACUUCGCCUGGUGUCCUGGAGUCGAUUACACUUUCCUGCUUUUCCCCCUUCGGUUGCUGACAGGAGGGCAUCUUCGCUCCCUCAGAGGGCUGGCCAUUUCAUCCCUUUGCCUUGUAAUUCACCCCUUCAGCAAUGAAGAGUAGUGCAAGUACUCGCCGCAUCAGCUCCCGGCAGUCCAUCCAGCCUCUCAGGGUACCAGAUGCCAACAAGGCAGGAUUUCAUACACCUCAAACGCAAGAAAGGAAGACGACCUUGUCAAAGCUGAGUGUUGGGAAGUAUACACUAGCAACAUCAGAAAAGAGAACCAGUACUUUCACCAAAAGAUGCAGUGGCACUGGAAGCUUACGAAACAGCCAGUAUGGUGUAUUUGGAAAUAUGGAGAAGAUCAAGGAUCCUAGGCCGCUUCAUGACAAGGCAUUUGUCCAGCAGUGUAUCCGCCAGCUGAGUGAUUUUCUUACAGCAAACAACUACGGUCCUGCAACUGUCAAGUCACUCCAGACUCCAUCAGUUAGAGACUUUGUUAAAAUCUUCACUUUUAUUUAUGAAUUCCUUUGCCCUUCAUAUGUGUUUCCUAGUUCCAAGUGUGAAGAAGAGGUCCCAAAGAUUUUUAAAGAGCUUGGAUAUCCCUUUCAGUUAUCAAAAAGUUCCAUGUAUACAGUGGGGGCACCACAUACAUGGCCUCAGAUUGUAGCAGCAUUGGUGUGGCUGACAGAUUGCGUUAAGUUAUAUUUUUGUUUGAAAGAGAACCCAUCAUCAUUUGAUGAGGAUCAGAUUUUUGGAGAGACUGAAGAUGGAAUUGUGCAUAAUAAGCUCUUUUUAGAUUACACUGUAAAAUGUUAUGACCAUUUUAUGAGGGGAGGAGACACAUAUGAAGAAUUUGAUGCUGAAAUACACUGCAAAUUAAAGGAUCUUUUCAAGAUACAUGAAAAUCAUGUAGAGGCACUAGAAACAGAAGAAGAAAGAUUGAAUAAAGAGAUUGCAAGGCGUGAGAAGGAGAGAGAAAGUGAACCGGACCGAUUAGUGACCCUGCGAAAACUGAAAUCAUCUUUACAGACAGAUGUUAAGAAAUAUGAGGUUUAUUUAGCCAACUUGGAAUCUCACUCGAACAGUCUCCGUCAGAAGUCAAAGAGUAUUACUGAGGAGCAGGAGGCUGCUGCCAUGGACAUUGAAAUACUAAAAGAGGAGAACAUGCGGCUGAAACUAAUUUGUGAUAACCAGAAGUACUCCAUAACAGAUAUUGAGAGAUUAAAGUGUGAAAUUGAGGAGUUAAAACAGUCAGUCAACAAACAAACUAAGGAACUGGAAGCAGAACAACAUCAAUUGUGGAAUGAGGAAUUAAAAUAUGCUAGAGGAAAAGAGGCAAUUGAAGCCACAUUGGCAGAUUACCACAAAUUAGCUCGUAAAUUGAAAUUAUUUUCUAUAAAUUCAGAGAAUUCUGCUGACUUUGAUUUUGAAAUCAAGUUUAACCCUAAUGAAGGGCCAAGUUGCUUGGAAAAAUACAGGUCUCAGAUUUAUGGUCCUCUUAUGCACCUCAUAAACAUGUCUGAGGAAGAAAUUGGUAAUGCUACUAAAACAAAAAUCUGUUCAGAGGAUGCUUUAGAACAGGUAAACAAAAUGGAAGCAGAGCAGAACAGUAUUAUCAAAAUGUUAAAAGAAGAAGCCCAAAAACUGGAAGAUCUCUAUCAACGGAAAAUGAAGGAGGUGGAAGAAGAAGAAGAAAAAGCUGAUCAAGAGUUGGAGCAGUUGGAGAAAUAUAAACAAUUGCUUUAUAAUGGGCUCAGUGAAGGUGUCAGUGAAGCCACAAAAGAACUUCAUGAAUUUCGAUGCCAGUAUCAGGUGGUCAUAAAAACAACAUCUGAAGAGAGUCGGAAAGUGGACAAAAAUCUACAACAUCUUCUGGAACUGAUAUUUUCUCAUCUUGAGUCUGUAGAGAUGUACCUGACUGAACAGAAUAUAAAGAUUGAUCAGGAAUAUCAGAAAUUUAUGUCAGAAGAUCCACUGGCUAACUUGAGAGGAAUCUUAGACAAAUACAAAAAGAAGACUGAGACUUUGUAUGAGUCAGACAGAUGUUGAUAAAUAGUAUUAUAUGUAAACUGUAAAUCCGUACUGUCAUGUUCAACUUUAUUUUCCUAAAACUAUUCCUUUUUUAGUACAAUAUUCCACAUAUGUAAAUUUUUCUGGAAAAAUAAAGUAUCUUUAUAGCUGUUAAAUAAACUUCCAAUUAAGAAAUUUCACACUUCCAAUUUGUUUCUUAACAUGAACAAUGGUAAAAGUUAAAUUAUUUGGUGCUGUGGACAUACAAGGAAUUGAACAAAGCCAUGGUGGAUCUUAGUCUAAAUAAAUUAUAUUAAGAACUGUAUUUCACCUCAGCUCAGAAUAUAAAUUUGUCUUCUGUAUAAUAGCAGCAAUGGGGGAUGACUACAUACUGUAAUGAUCAUUUUUUCCCCUCGGACCAAGAGACACUAAAACCAUUUUAAAACAUAUGUUGAAUAAGGCCACUUCUAGACUUGAGCACAGAUAUCCAAAAAGGAUUGCCUUUCUGGCACUAGUAGCAUAGACCUGCAAAGCACAAGUGCCCAGUAAAUAUGAAUAAACACAUCCUUUACUAUUCUUUCAUCUAGAUCCUAUAAUUGAAGAAAGUAACUAUUACAGUGCAAUAUUAUGUAAAAAAAAAUCUGUUGAGUUUCUCUGCAUCUCCCAUGCAUUUUUUCCUGUCUUUGUUCCAUAACAGAUGGUGAGACUGUUUCCUUCUUGAAAUACGUAUUAGUGUUUUUCCUCAUUUGUGCACUUUCUUGUGCAAUUUAUGCCAGUUUUCCCCAUUGAUUAGUAGUAAGUUCCUGCAGAUAUGUUCAAUUAUAUACACUUGAGCUGUUUGCGUUGUAAAAUAUGCAAAAUUUUGGUGCAGGGAAAGGAUCCCUUGCUGAUCUGACAAGCCAGGGUACAAUUAUUUUCUCCUUUCCUUGUAGAUCUGCAAGGCUAUGAGUUGAACCCUACAGCUUUAAUAGCCGCAGAGGAAGUGAAACAUGUGCAUUCUACUACAUUUCACUAUUCUUACUUCAAGUUUUGCACCCAUGCUACAGAUUUGCCCUGGUGGCGCAGUGGUUAAAUGCCUGUACUGCAGCCAAUCACUCAAGACCACAAGGUUGCGAGUUCA